AUGUAGAGUGCAUAAAAACUUACACAAUAAAAUUAAGAUGCUUUCUCUUAAUUCUUUGAUAAAUAUGUAUCCAAUUCCAGCAAACUCUAAAGCUACAGUGUCAGAGAACUUGCUUAGAAACUGGCCAUUUAAUAUUUUAGUGCUCAACUCCCCUCUAGAUAUUUAACAGAGAAUAAUAUGAGAAAAAAAAGUAGAAAUAUCGUUUACAAACAAAUGGAAACAGAUGCAAUUGAAAAGGCUAGAGCAUAAUUUAAAGCAAAGAAAUAGAGAAAGGAAUCUCAACAACGAAAGUUACCACCAGUUCCUAAAAAGAAAGACACUUAACCAAGAAGUUUUUCAGUAUAACCUCCUAUAAAAUGUUUAUCGGCUCAACCCAAGAGAUCAAUGCCUUCUACGUAUUUCUAUUAUUUGGGAGACGGGAACAACCAUGAAUUAAUUAAAAAGUUACUAGAUGAAAGAUAAAAUUGGGUUUAGGUGAAAGAUAUUAGCCUUAAGAAUAUUAACUUUAAAUGGCAAGAAACUGAAAAAGGCUACGAGUAUCGCACUUUGGCAGGAAAUUUAAAGGACUCUCUCCCUUAAAUGCUGAACCAUUUUGAGUUUCAUGCCGAAAUUUCAAAUAAAUAUCACUUGGCAUUAAAUUUUAAGACACAUUGUGAAAGAAACUAAUUAAACGUACAAGAUUACAUCCCAAUCAGUUUUGCUAUCGAAUGCACAAACUAGAAUUUAAAAGCUGGCUUAUUUUAGUUCUUGACAUUCUACAGGUCAUAAUGUCCUUAAAACCAAUUAUAAGAGUUGGAUAAAACUAUAAAAUCAUACCAAUUUAAGUAUGGGACUUAAGUGGAAGGUAAGGUUGAUGAAUACCCUACUUUAUUUGCUGGAGAGAAUCUCUGGAUCUUCAAACCAGCAAACAUGAAUUAAGGAAGAGGGAUUCAUGUGGUCAGAAAUCUGCAGGAGAUAAUUGAUAUUUAUAAUAGGUAUUAGAAUGGAUACAGAGAGCAUCUUUUGGAGGUCAAGAGAAAUGAACAAAACGAAAUAGUAACGAAGAUCGUCUACAUUAAUACAUUGAUGACAGAGCAAUUUGUGAUUCAGAAAUAUAUUGAAAAACCCUUAUUGAUCAAAGGAAGGAAGUUUGAUAUACGAACAUAUGUGAUGAUAACAUCCAAUUUAGGAUUCUUCUUUUUUAAAGAAGGGUAACUAAGAUUGGCUACCGAAAGCUUUGAUGUUAAGUAACAAUCAAAUUAUGUACACUUAACUAAUAAUGCUGUUCAGUACACACAUCCUCAAUAUGGCAAAACUGAGGAAGGCAACCAAUAUAAUUUUGAUUAAGCUUCAUAAUAUUUUAAAAUAGAUUUUCGGAAAGAAGUGAUUCAAAAAUUGAAAUAGAUAUCCCUUUUGGCUUUUACCAGUGUCAAAGGAAAGCUCAAUAAAUAUAAAAGGAAAAAUUGCUUUGAGAUUUUUGGUAUGGAUUUCAUUUUAGAUGUGGAUUUCAAACCAUGGCUCAUUGAAGUGAACACAAAUCCUAGCUUAGAAGUGACUAGUAAAUUGUUAGGGACUCUCUUUCCAAGAUUGAUAGUAGAUGAUGCAUUUAAAUUAACUGUUGACAGACUUUUCGUUUAAUAAAAGACACCAUCAAAAUAUCCAUUUCUUCAUUAUUCAAAUGAGGAGAACUUAUGGGAAUAUGUUUGUUAGCUUUGA